CUCAUCCUACUUAUUUUCAUCCCAAGCCAACUGCACUCGAAACUUACUAUAGUAUCUCCCAAAAUUUGCUACAAUCAAUAUGGCGAAAGUAAUUAGCAUGGUACAAACUUUUCUUAGAUUAGGACUGCUCGUACUAGUUUUGAUUGGGAUGACCCAAAUUGUUGGGGCUCAGAUUGAAACCGAACUCAAGUGCUCUGCAGACAAGUUCUAUAAUGUUUUUAGGCACAAUGUGAUGCAAUUGACUACAGUUCUUCCUCAAUACUUCAAGAGUGUCAAAAUAGUUAAAGGUGAUGGCAAAAGCUUGGGUUCCAUUAGGCAAUGGCAAUAUGUACUACAAGCACCAGAAGCAUCUUCGAAAGUAUUGAUGCUUAAGGAAACUGUUACAUCCGUGGACGAGGAAAACAGGUCAAUCACAUUCAGUGUUGUGGGAGGAGAUAUAUUGACUCACUACAAGAGUGUCGAUUUCAUAAUGGCUGUAACUCCUAAAUAUGUUAAUAGCAUUGAAGAGUCUGGUAGCAAAGUGCAAUGGUGGGUACAGUAUGAGAAACGAACCGAAGAUGUUGGUAGUCCAGAUGGAUAUGUCAACCUUCUAGCUCUUCUUACGAAAGAGAUGGGUCAUUACCUUCUCCAGCAGUAGCCUACUUAAAAAUCGACUGACAAGCUCGUAAACGGAAUGUUUUUUGUUUUAUUUGAAGUGUGCACGCUGUCUUAUAUUUUGGAUUUGCUAUGGAAUCUGUAAUUGUACUGUGUAGUGUGUUAUGUUUUUUUUUCUUUUCUUAAAUGCAUGUAAUUAGAUGUGUGUACGUAUUAUGAAAUUAUGUGCUUUGCUAUUACCAUUUC